AUGGGUUUUGAGAAUACUUUUAGUGUUCAUCUUGAAGAUUCUACUGAAGAUAGUAACUCAAGCACGUCUACUCCUACAUACCCUCCUGGUUUUGAACCUGAUUCCAUUAACCUUAAAGAAGUUACAGAUGAUGCUAUAUCUCCUGCUCCAUCUCAGGGUGUCGUUCCCAAAAGGCUCAGAAACGAAUAUAGAAGACUGGGAAUCCCGUUGGCUGAAACCAGAAGAACUAUUGUUAAGAAGGUGAUUCAGCUUUAUAAAGUUCCCAUCAUCUUACUUCAAGAAACAAAGAUGAUGCAUUGUUCUGACUAUGAUAUCUACCAAAUCUGUGGUAGUAAGAAUUAUGGAUGGACUUUUCAACAGUCCAUGGGAAACUCGGGAGGGAUGAUCAUUCUCUGGAAUAAGUAUUUAUUGGACGUAUUUGAUUGUUUGGUGGGUGAUUACUCUAUUUCUGUUGCCUGCAUUAAUAAGACUGAUAACUUCAAAUGGUCUUUGACAAGUGUUUACGGACCUAAUAACCCAUAUGAAAGGCCUUCUUUUUGGGAAGAGUUAGACAAUGUUUGUAGCUUCUGGAACCUCCCUUGGUGCAUUGGUGUAGAUUUCAACACUAUCCUCAAAUGUGAUGAAAAGAAGAACUGCAAAAAUAUCACCAAAAGUAUGAAGGGUUUUGCCUCAUUCAUUGAUGAGCAUGACCUCAUUGAUCUAUCUCUCAAAGGAGCCAGAUACACUUGGUCUAAUAAUCAAUCUAAUCCAAUCAUGUGCAAAUUAGAUAGAUUUCUCUUUUCUCCUUCUCUUGAGCUUCAAUAUCCUUGUGCUUCUCAACUAGACAAACCCAGACCAACUUCUGAUCAUAUUCCAAUUCUUUUAGAUAUCGAUGAUCCUUCGUGGGGACCUAGUCCCUUUAGAUUUGAAAUCAUGUGCUUCUUAGAGAAUGGAUUUGUUGAAAUGUUAGAGCUUAAAUGGAAGGCUUUGAAGGAAAAGCUGAAAGAAUGGAACAAGGAGACUUUUGGGCACACAAAUAAAAGACUGAACACCAUUUUGUCAAAUAUUCAAAUGCUUGACAUUGCUGCAGAAGACACACCUUUAUGUGAAAUAGAGGUUUUUAAAAAGAUUGCUCAUAAAGCUGAAUUUGAAAGAAUAUCUUUAAUGAAAGAAACAGCCUGGAGGAUCAAGUCAAAAUCUAAAUGGAUAAAGGAAGGGGAUAGGAAUAUUGCUUCUUUUAUGAAAAUGACUACAGCAAGGAGAAGGCACAAUAAUAUCAAGCAACUUUAUGUGGAUGGUGUUCUCACAGAUGAUAAAUUUCAGCUGCAAGACCAUAUUGUCAAUUUCUAUAAGCAUUUAUUCACUGAACAACUCCCUAUUAGACCUGAACUGGAUGGCAUUGAUUUCAAUUCUAUUAGCUCUUGUGAAUCUGAAAUCCUUGAUGUUAUCUUCACAGAGGAAGAAGUUUUAUCUUCUAUCAAAAAUCUAGCACAUGAUAAGGCACCUGGUCCAAAUGGGUUAAAACUGGUUAUGGACAAGCUUAUUUCUCCAGUGCAGUGUGCUAAUGUGGAAGGUAGACAAAUCACAGAUGGUAUUCUGAUUGCAAAUGAGCAGGUGGAUUCAAGACUUAUCUCCGGUUCAGCUGGUAUUAUUUGUAAAAUUGACCUAGAAAAAGCAUUUGAUAGGGUUAAUUGGCAUUAUCUUGAAGUGAUUCUUAAGAAGAUGGGUUUUAGUGCCAAAUGGUGCAAUUGGGGGGUUAGACAAGGAGAUCCUCUCUUUCCUUUGCUUUUCAACAUUUCCAUGGAAGGUUUUUCUAGAUACAUUGAUAGAGCAGCUAAUCUGAAAUUAUUCAGUGGUUUUUCAGUUAGUCAAAACGGCCUUAAGAUAAAUACUUCAAAAACAAGACUUAUCACUAUUGGUGAUUGUCCUGAUUUGUCUGAUUGGGCCGUGGAGAUAGGUUGUGCUACUGAUAAACUUCCAUUUCAGUAUCUUGGAAUGCCUCUUGGAGCUAAAGAAAACUCAAAAACUAUUUGGGACCCUAUAUUGGUUAAAUCUGAUGAUAUACUUUCCUUGUGGAAGAAAAGUUCUUAUACAAAAGGUGAGCUAGCUCCUUCUUCUGUUAUCAUGAAACUAGAAAAGAAAAUGAGAGAUUUUUUAUGGGAGCACAACCCUAGCUCAAAAACGUCUCAUUUAGUAAAUUAUGACUUGGUUUGUGCUUCUAAAUCAAGAGGUGGCCUUGGUGUUCUAAAUCUUAAAGCCGUGAACUCUGCUCUCUUAUCUAAAUGUAUCUCUUGCUGGAAAACAAUAGCUGAAGAAAGAUUCCUUAUAGAUAAAUACUCUACUCUUUCAGUUCAUGGUGGUACUAAUAUCUCUUUUUGGUUUGAUAACUGGUGUGUUGAUAAUCCCCUUAUGGGCACUUUUCCUUCAUUAUUCAAGUUAUCAAGAGAAAGAUAUACUUCAGUUGCAGCACAUAUUUCAGAUAGUCGUAGCUGGGUUUUUUAUUUUAAAAGAAGACUUACUGAUAAUGAAACUGAUAAGCUUGCUCUUAUGUUUUUGCAAAUUGGUACCUCUCCUCCUAUUUUGGAUUCCUUACCUGAUACCAGAAGAUGGUCCUUAAGUAACAAUGGAGUUUUUUCUGUUAAAACUCUUUAUGCAAGAAUGAUUGCAAGUGAUGGUGUUGAUGAUUUUCCACACUCUUUUGUCUAG